GUCGCCAGCCAAUCGGGCCGAGCGUGAGGCGGAGCCAUGCCGGCCAGUAGCGUCUGUGGAAGAGGGGCCGUACAAAGCCUGGUUUUGAAAGGGGCGGGUUGCCUCUCUCCUGCGAAGAGGAGCGUGUGAGGCAGCGAGCGCGCGCCGGGCCGGGUGAGGCAGCCGCCGCCGCUGCAGCUUCGCUGAGGGGAGCCGGUCCUGUUAUCUGCUAGGAGAGGCCGAAGCGGCGGCGGCUCUUCGCGGGAGGUGCCGUUUCUCUUUGCAAUGAGCUGAGGACCACUCUUCUGGCUGGCUGCAAGGGGCACAGAAGGCUGCCCCCUCCCUAGCCCUCCACACCGCACGCCGAUACAUUGAGACCCAGUAGAAGCAGCAGCAGCAGCAGGAGGAGGAGGAGGCUGGUGGAGUGUGCAUAAGCAGUACGGAGUCAGCCUCGGCGGGUCUUUUUCCAUCCCCUCCCCUCGUUGUGGAAAAAUUUGUGUGGUGCUGUGGGAUUUCCCCCACCCGCUUUGUUUUUGUAUUUUGCAUCGCUGCUUCGGCGGGAGAGCGAGCCGUGCUGCUUGUUGCUGGCCCCUGCAGUGGAGACAGCGCAUCCUCGCACGGAGGCAGCAGUGCAACGUCGGCUUUUUGGCGGAGGACUCCCUCCAUGGAUCUGUUCGCUGGAGAGAUGAUAUAGACGCAGGAAUCUCUCCUCUUCUGAUCACCCACCUGCGCCUCUUCUUCCCCUCCCCCACCUCUUCCCCGCCGUCCUUGAUUUGAAUCACCCUGUAGAUCUUGUUUAUUUUUAUACAUUUCCCCCCCCUCCCAUGUGCCAUCCCAAGGGCAAGCAGCACUGCCGUCCCAGCAGCCUCAGCAAUCCCACCCAUUUGGUUCAUUCGAGCAGGGAAAAGGAUGAUGCCUCCGGCACUCCAGUCUCCGAUUUGAGUCGAGAGCUUGCAAUAAAUACAUUUAACUCAAGGCUUCGAGGGCUGCUGCUGUAUGCCAUUCCUUCCCCAUUGCAGCAAUGUCGUGUUCGCCUUGAGAAGGAAGAGCCGGGAAAGAGGGGUGUCUGGGAGGCUUGCUUGCUUGUGGUUCUCCAAGCCAAUUUGUAGGGCCACCUUCCUUAAAUAGGAGGGAUCAAACAAUGACCCAGCCGGCUUCCCAACGCCUCCAGCGCUGCUGCUGUGGCUGCCCUCUGCACCACCUCUCUAGAUGACCAACAAAUAAGCAGUUGCCCGCGGGGCAAAAUUAAGAAUGACGGUACUGGGUCGUUUUGCUCCGCUUCCUGGAGAGCGUUAUCAGCGACUGAAAUAUGCAGCCUCUUUAGGACCCUUCUGACCAGCAGGUCCCUUUUGCGGCGGCAGGAUCGCCUUGACCUCACACUGAGAGAGGAAUUAUCGUGGUGGCUUUUUCCCUGAUGAUGCAUUUCGACUGGAAGGUGGUCUUUGCUUAAGGUGCGGGAGAAAACAAAACCCCAGCUGCCUCCAUCACAUUUGCUUUUCUAUGCAUGGAAGUCGUGUUUCAACAAAUGGCCAAAGCACUGGGGACUUGUGAAAAUGACAGAGUGGGAAUCCUCACCAGAGUUCCAUAGGUAGGGGAACUUGCCUCCCAGCUCUCAGUGGAUCUCUUUAAAUUCUGGUUGAAUUUUUUUUUCUAUUCCCAGCAGCCUCUGGAGGGAAGGGGAAUUCAACUGGCUGGCGAACCAGUCACCUUAAGGGUUUGAAUUCCUUUAUCACUGAGAACUUUGUUUUAUUUGGACUCGGCCAGGACUCUCUCACACACACACACACACACACACACACACACACACAUGUCUUUCCUCUGCUGCACCUUCCACCAUAGGGUGAGAGAAACUGCUCAGAAGUGUUGGUUCUUCCUUGCUAUGAGUGGAAUUCCUUGUGAUUUUAUUUCUCUCCCUCCUACUCCUUUAUAACUUGCCCCCACAAUCCCUCCCCCUUCUCUUCUGCCUUGGCAGGGCAUGUCCCGCUCCAACAGUGUGAGCCCUCCGGGGUUUGCAGCUUCUGCUGUGCCCAGGGGUGGAGGUGCGGAACAGCAUCGUUCUGCCUGGGGAGAGGCUGACUCCAGAGCCAAUGGCUAUUCCUAUCCUCUUUCUACCAGGGCCUCAGUAAAAAAAGCUUCCCGUAUGGAAAGCAGGUGGAGAAGUGAUGAAGACUACGAGUCACCGAGCAGCAGGAACCACGGGGUGAGUGGCUGCAGGAUGAUGAGCUUCAGGUCCAAGUCUGCCUGGCAGGAUCAUGGGGUUGACAAGAGCCAGCACUCUCGCCGUGCAGGAGAUCCAUCGCUUGCCAUGAGUCCUAGACGCUAUGGUGUGGAGCAGGGUGAGGUGCAUCCACGCUGUGUGGAACUGGGGCUAGAGGAGAAGCGGAUCAAAGCCAAGAUUGAUGAGUUGGAGGAGGAGGAAGAACUGGAUGGCGAAGGGCGGUCUGAGAUGGUCUUCUCCAUGGGCAGCUGCUGUGGUAGCUUGCUGCAGAUCUUCAGGUCGAAAAAGUUUCAGUCAGAGAAACUGGAGCACCUCUACCAGCGCUACUUUUUCCGUCUUAAUCAGAGCAGCCUGACCAUGCUGAUGGCAGUGUUGGUUUUAGUGUGCCUGGUCAUGCUGCUCUUCCACACUGUUCACGGCUACUACCAAGUGCCCUAUGUGGUGGUGCUGUCCUUGGCCAUCCUGCUUAUGGUGGCUCUGGGUGCCAUCUGCAAUCGCAAUGAUUUCCACCAGGACCACAUGUGGCUCAUGUGCUACUCUGUCAUUCUGGUGGUGUUGGCCGUUCAAGUGGUUGGCUGCUUGCUGAUGCAGCCCCGAAGUGCCUCGGAGGGCAUCUGGUGGACUAUCUUUUUCAUCUACAGCAUCUACACCUUGCUGCCAGUCAGGAUGAGGGCUGCGGUCAUCAGUGGUGUGGUGCUGUCUGCCAUCCAUCUGGCCAUUUCUCUCAAAGUCAAUGCAGAAGACAAGUUCUUAUUGAAACAGCUGGUGUCCAACAUCCUCAUCUUCAUCUGCACGAACAUUGUAGGUGUGUGUACACACUAUCCUGCUGAGGUGUCCCAGAGACAGGCAUUUCAAGAGACCAGGGAAUGCAUUCAAGCUCGUCUACAUUCUCAGAGAGAAAACCAGCAACAGGAGCGCCUCCUGCUCUCCGUACUUCCUCGCCAUGUUGCCAUGGAGAUGAAAGCUGACAUUAAUGCCAAAAAAGAAGAUAUGAUGUUUCAUAAAAUUUACAUACAGAAGCAUGACAAUGUCAGCAUUCUCUUUGCCGACAUUGAGGGCUUUACCAGCCUGGCCUCCCAGUGUACUGCCCAGGAGCUGGUGAUGACGCUGAACGAACUCUUUGCCAGAUUUGAUAAACUUGCAGCUGAGAAUCACUGUUUACGUAUAAAAAUCCUAGGCGAUUGCUAUUACUGUGUGUCUGGGUUACCCGAGGCAAGAGCAGACCACGCGCACUGCUGUGUUGAAAUGGGAAUGGAUAUGAUAGAGGCUAUCUCAUUAGUGCGGGAGGUGACAGGUGUCAACGUGAACAUGCGAGUUGGGAUCCACAGCGGGAGAGUUCAUUGUGGUGUCUUGGGCCUCAGGAAAUGGCAAUUUGAUGUGUGGUCAAAUGAUGUCACAUUAGCUAAUCACAUGGAAGCAGGCGGCAAAGCGGGGCGAAUCCACAUAACAAAAGCUACACUGAACUACCUGAAUGGUGACUAUGAAGUGGAGCUUGGUUUUGGAGGAGAACGUAAUGCUUACCUCAAAGAGCAUAGUAUUGAAACCUUCCUCAUUGUACGAUGCAGCCAAAAAAGGAAAGAUGAGAAAGCGACAAUAGCCAAGAUGAAUCGUCAGCGCACUAAUUCCAUUGGCCACAACCCACCACACUGGGGAGUAGAUCGCUCCUUUUACAACCAUCUUGGCAGCAACCAAGUUUCCAAGGAGAUGAAAAGAAUGGGCUUUGAAGAUCCAAAAGACAAGAAUAUCCAGGAAAGCAUGAAUCCGGAAGAUGAAGUGGAUGAGUUUCUAGGCCGCGCCAUUGAUGCAAGGAGUAUUGACCGCUUACGUUCUGAACACGUUCGCAAGUUUCUCUUAACAUUCAGGGAACUUGACUUGGAGAAGAAGUACUCCAAACAGGUGGACGAUCGAUUUGGUGCAUAUGUGGCUUGUGCCUCCAUAGUCUUCCUCUUCAUUUGCUUUGUUCAAAUCACAAUUGUGCCACACUCUGUGUUUAUGCUGGCAUUCUACCUGACCUGUUUUGUGAUCCUCACCACAGUAAUAUUUGUUUCAGUCAUCUACUCCUGCGUAAAGCUUUUUCCAGCUCCACUCCAGACUCUCUCAAGGAAGAUUGUUCAGUCCAGGACCAACAACACCAUAGUUGGGGUCUUUACCAUUGUAUUGGUUUUCCUCUCAGCCUUUGCCAACAUGUUCACUUGCAGCACUGUGGAUCUCCGUGAUUGUGUGGCUGCAGAGUAUAACAUCACCCCACGUGAGGUGAACAUGUGCCAUAUUAGCUACUCUGCCUCCAAUUACAGCCUGGGGACAGUACAAGGAUUAUGUGCCAGCUCCCAGCCAAGCUGCAAUUUCCCAGAGUAUUUUACCUACAGUGUCUUACUGAGCCUCCUGGCCUGCUCUGUGUUCCUUCAGAUCAGUUGCAUUGGGAAACUCAUUUUGAUGUUGAUUAUUGAAUUUACAUAUGUCCUUAUUGUGGAAGUGCCAGGGCUUACCCUCUUCGAUAAUGCAGAUCUUCUGGUCACAGCCAAUGCCAUAGUAUUUUCCAAUGGGACUGAGAAUGGAGCAUGUCCUCCAAGUGUGUCCAGGGUGGCCUUGAAGAUUGUGACUCCCGUAGUUAUCACUGUUUUUGUCUUGGCGGUGUAUCUUCAUGCGCAGCAAGUGGAAUCCACAGCAAGACUUGAUUUCCUCUGGAAGCUUCAGGCUACUGAAGAAAAGGAGGAAAUGGAGGAAUUGCAGGCCUACAACAGACGCCUUCUCCAUAACAUCUUGCCAAAGGAUGUGGCAGCCCACUUCCUUGCACAGGAACGGAGGAAUGAUGAGCUGUAUUACCAGUCAUGCGAGUGUGUGGCUGUCAUGUUUGCUUCCAUCAGCAACUUCUCAGAAUUCUAUGUAGAGUUAGAGGCCAACAAUGAAGGAGUGGAAUGCUUGAGGCUUCUCAAUGAAAUCAUUGCUGACUUUGAUGAGAUAAUAAGCGAAGACCAGUUCCGACAGCUGGAAAAGAUCAAAACUAUAGGCAGCACAUAUAUGGCUGCUUCAGGCCUCAAUGAUUCCACCUAUGACAAAGUGGGCAAGUCACACAUCAAGGCCCUGGCUGACUUUGCAAUGAGGUUAAUGGAUCAAAUGAAAUACAUCAAUGAGCAUUCGUUCAACAACUUCCAGAUGAAAAUAGGGCUCAAUAUUGGCCCAGUAGUAGCUGGGGUCAUAGGCGCACGUAAGCCCCAGUAUGAUAUUUGGGGGAAUACUGUGAAUGUAGCCAGCCGAAUGGACAGCACAGGAGUGCCCGACAGGAUUCAGGUGACCACAGACAUGUACCAAGUUUUAACAGUUAACAACUAUCAACUAGAAUGCCGAGGGGUUGUUAAGGUCAAAGGUAAAGGAGAAAUGACCACCUACUUUCUAAACGAAGGCCCCCCACUGGCAAGUUAACAGCAGUGGGCAAGAAUGACUCAAGAAUGGCUCAGUUUGAUUUAAAUACAACGAGUUGGCAAAAAAAAAAUCUGAUGCUGCUUAGCAGUGAAUCGAAUACCAAGGCACAGUUGAGUAUUUCAUAUGAUGCCUUCCUAGCAGGAGUGUGUGCAAGAAUUGGGGGAGGGGGGACACAGUUUGGGCUAUGUGGCACACCAUUCGGAAGUUACCUAGCACUGCUGUGGAUUUUUUCUAGGUUGAGUGUAAAUGAAUUGACCAAAGAUUUUUUGCUGAAUGGAAUUCGAAAUGAAGACGUGGAUUUGAGAUCUUCAGUGAGGCUGCUACACAGGACUUAAGAUAUUUAAGUAUUUAUUUGAAGCAACACAAUGUUUUUUACUUGGUUGAAGGAAAGUUUGAUUCAUUGCAACAAAAGGACAAAAAGGAACAGCAUUACUCUGGAAAAGCUGUGCAGUCCCAUAGUAUUUCUGGUCUAUGCUGUUAACUCCUUGACGUGUGCCACUGUUCUCUUAUUAGCUGUUUGAGUGGACUUUUGAAAUUAAAAACACCACCAACGAUUGCUCUACAAAAAGGGCCUUUUUUAAUGACAUCACCAGUAAUGGUUUUUUAAUGGAAAAGAUGCCUUGUUAUGUACUCUUGCCAUCCCUACCCUUACACAGAUAGGAGGUUCCUUCUUUUUACCAGAACUGAUAUACUGAAAGUGAAAGGAGAAAAAUAGUUCUUAAGGUGAGGGGGAAAUGAUGCUUCAAGCAUAUUUAUUAAAUUAGGAGGCCUUCUCACUUCUGUUCAGCAUAUUUUGGUUUACACAUGAAAGACUAGCUGCCAAUGUGAAACACAUGGAGAAACACAGGGAGAUUUCUCUGAAAUGUGUAGGGUUGUUGGUUUUGAGGUGCAGUUUUUUGUAUUUUUUAAUAUGGAAGAUUAUGAGAUCUAAGAAAUACACCAAAAUUCUAUAUUUUGAACGUUCUGUGUAUUAAACAGUUGCCCCAAUGGAGCAACAGCGAUCUAUGUGUAGCUCUGUUGUAGUGAAGUUCACAGAACAGCUGUUUGAAGGAGACGCAUAUCCAGAACUGAGCACCCAGCAAAGCAUCUGUCAACUGUUAGGCAGGACAAGAGCAGGGGCACCUUGACACAAUCCUGAAUCCCUUAUCAGGCAGUCAGCCCUUGACACAGAAGCUGAUAGUCACUGUUGGGAAGAAGGGAACGGGCACCCAGGCUGAGUUCAAGCACUUCUGUUUCCCUGUCGGAAGGUUGAUCAGGGCUAUGGGAUGUUUCUGCCCUGCAGCUCUGUUUGUCUCCAUGAGUCCAGCAAUGGGUGUGAAGUCUUCUGCUGAGCUCACAGUUCUUUGGAUCGGACGCCAGGUACAUUGGGAGGUGUACAUAAGCUAUAGAAUUGUGUGGUAUUCUUUUCAUUAUCUCUGAGUUGCAGACUUGGCAGUUUUCAAAUAAAUAUUGUACAGUCCAGCAAACAAGCUGAAGUAAUAAUAAUAAAGCUCAAGUUUGAUUUUUUAAAGAGGAAAUUAAGUGAGGAAAACCUACAGUUAGACAGAGAUGAAAUAGGAAGAAUGAGAACAGCUGUGCUCAUUCCUAACGUCAGAGGGAGCUAAAUGCAACAGGUAAAUUGUGUAUUCAAAAUUCUGAAAGUUAUUUGACCAAGGGUAUUAGGCCUGAAGCCACUUCGAGUGUGCCUCUGGACAGUAGCAUAAGAGGAACCACAAUCAAAUCAAGAAUUUCUUUUUGAAAGAAUGUUUACAGUUUAUGUAACAACUGUCUGUACAAGUAAGUGCCGCUGAAUAUUACCUAGAAAUUUUACUCUUCUGGAUUGAUAUUGUGGGAGCUGAAUUCCAUUUCAUAUAUUAUGAAUUUCAGUUUGAAGACUUUGGCAAGUUUUUUUCCCAUAAUAAAACAUAUGUAUUGAUUGAUUCUCUAAAGAUAUUGAUGUGGCCUAUCCUGCUGAACAAUACUUAUUUUUUAAAAAAGAGGGGGACUGUUAAUAAAUGUAUAAGUGAGUUAAAUACAUUUUCAACUUUUAAAAUCAAGGUCCCCUUCAUAUUUUAUUAAAAAGUAUAAAAGCAUAAAAACCUAUAUUUUUAUAUUUCAGUGGGGGAAAACUUUUGAUAUUGAAUUUGGCAAUUUCAAAAAUGACUCAAAUAUUUUGACACAUACUUUUUCCACUCUUCUCAGGGCAGAAUUUCUAUUACCUAAUGAUUACCCAGCACUGGCAAUUAUGACAUUGGAGAGGGGGCGGGGGUUAGUGUCACCUUUGACCAAAAAAUAAGGUAAAAUCCAUGGUCUCAGUGAUAUGUGUAAUAUUGCUAUUAAACUGUUUCAGACUAGAGUGUCAGUAGCAUCCCACUUUCCUUUCCUCCCUUUCUACUAGGGCACAUCCUUGGAUAGUAUAGUUGCCGGAUUCCUAGAAAACUGCCAAGUCUGUCCUCGUACUAUAUUUUUGAACCUUUUCAAGAAAUGCCAUUUGAUUUGCACAGGUCUUUAUUUACACAGUACUGCAGCUUGUUCUUCAUCACCUUCCACCCUUCAUUCUUACCGUCAUUUACCACUUCCAAAUUUUAAUUAAUAGCACAAUAUAGGAUCAUUUUGUUUUAGUUUGCCUCCUGCUUUGAAAUGUGCAUUCUUAACAUUUGAGCAGACCACCUUGCGCAAUUGUGUUGUCAAUUCAGUUUUCAGUUACCUGUAUCUCUGACUGUGAUUGAUGACUGUGUCAGGAUCAUUUCAAGGGGUAUGCAGUCUUUUUUCUGGCUCUUGCAAAAGGUGAUACAGUUAUGAUUUCCCAUGGAAAUUGCAAUCUGUUUAAGUAAUUUAACAAUUAUAUUAAAACACUGUUUCACUUGUGAA